GAAUAAAAAGGACAAGGCAAGCUAAAAUAAUUGCUCAAUCACACAUACGUGAACAAUAAUAUUAAGUAAAAAGCUGUCAAGUACUGUGCGAACCAGGAGAAAGUUUGGCAGGAGGGAAUGCUGACGGGAGUGGAGGUAGUGCUGCCCACGUCUGCGCAGUGAGGGACUGCUGAAGGUAGGCUUUGCUGGCAGGACGGGCGGCGCAGCUCCUCCUCCGUCCGAGAGGCACCGCGGCUGGGCUCCGGAGUCUCUGAUUCCUGGCAUGGCGUUUCGGGAGCGCGGCCCGGAGUGCAUCACCACAGCUCCCGAAGCAGCGGCCGCAGCUAAGCGAGACUUUCGCCCCGAGGAGGCCUUGCGGCCGGAUGGAAAACUGCGGCUGAGCGCUUUCCGCCUCUGUUUGGUGGCCGGGCGGCAUGGAGGCAUUAAGCGGCACGAAGGAGAUGAGGUGGAGCAGCGAGGCGCGACCCCUUGACCUGUUGGUCAGCUCGUAUCGUCUACCACAGCUGGUCAAGCUGGAGGACGGGGAAACAGUGGAAGGGAUUCGUGAAAAUGAUUUAGUUUUGCUUCAUUCCUGUCGACAAUGGACUACAAUUACUGCCCAUAGCUUGGAAGAAGGUCAUUAUGUGAUUGGGCCAAAAAUAGAGAUUCCUGUUCACUAUGGAGGACAAUUUAAGUUACUGGAACAAGACAGAGAUAUCAAGGAACCCGUGCAAUACUUCAACAGUGUGGAGGAGGUGGCAAAAGCCUUCCCAGAAAGAGUAUAUGUCAUGGAGGAAAUAACGUUUAAUGUUAAGGUAGCUUCAGGGGAGUGCAAUGAAGAUACAGAAGUAUAUAAUAUCACUCUAAGCACUGGGGAUGAACUUACCCUAAUGGGACAGGCAGAAAUCCUUUAUGCCAAGACAUCAAAAGAGAAGUCACGGCUUAACACAAUUUUUAAGAAAAUUGGAAAACUAAACUCAAUCAGCAAGUUUGGACGAGGAAAGAUGCCUUGCCUUAUUUGUAUGAAUCACCGAACCAAUGAAAGUAUUAGCCUUCCUUUCCAGUGUAAAGGUAAAUUCAGUACCCGUAGUCCCUUAGAGAUACAGAUGCAGGAGGGUGAACACACUAUUCGCAAUAUUGUUGAAAAGACUAGGCUACCAGUAAAUGUUACAGUUCCAUCUGCUCCACCACGAAACCCCUAUGAUCUGCACCUCAUUCGAGAAGGCCAUCGGUAUAAAUUUGUUAAUAUCCAAACUAAGACUGUGGUAGUGUGCUGUGUACUUCGGAACAACAAAAUGAUUCCUGUGCACUUUCCACUUCAUUUAGAUGUGCCAAAGUUUACCUUGGCUGAAGGACUCCUUAAGGGAGAGAUGUGGUAUGAAAAUAUAGUUCAGCACUCAUUCAGCAUUUGUCAGGAGCAGUUUGACAUUGAAGAAUAUUCACGAGCAGUUCGGGACGUGAAGACUGACUGGAACGGAGAUUGUAAAAGCCCAAAGAAGACAAGAUGUACUGGCCAUAGUCACAUGCCUAAUUCCCUUAGUUAUGCUCGUGAAGAACUGACUCAGUCGUUCCAUCGACUUUCAGUGUGUGUUUAUGGAAACAAUUUACAUGGAAAUAGUGAAGUUAAUUUGCAUGGUUGCAGAGAUCCUAGCAACGAGUGGACUCUGUUUUCUCAUGAAACCCUACUAUCUCAAGAUUCUGGAGAUAGUGGGAGUGAUUAUCUGCUGCCUGAAGUGACUGAAGAAUCUGGAAUCCAGUCACAAUCAGAGCUUCCCUAUGAAGAGCUCUGGUUAGAUCAAGGAUCAGGGAAACAGUGUGGGCAAGAUCCUUCCACUCUGGGUGAAGGACUGAAAUCCAGUAGUCAGAGACAUUCCAUCCGCUCCAACUGUCCAAUUUCUUCAGGCCCUCCUCCACGUCCUUUGUCUACACCUGAUAUUUCUCUACUUCCACCUCCAGUGCCUCCAAAGUCUGAAGCUGUAAAAGAAGAGUGCAGACUUUUGAAUGCCCCACCUAUCCCUCCACGGAACACCAAGCCAUCAACAUGUAGUCCCUCUAUUCCUCCUCGACAAAUCCGUCAACAGACGCGCUCUCCUAGCCCUACGUUAUCUUAUUAUUCUUCUGGAUUGCAUAACAUUGGUGCCAUGGAGAAAGAUGCACCUCCAUCCAGUGAGAAGCAUUCCUCAGCUUCCUGUUACCCUUGCAACUGGAUCAAUUCUAAUUCUAUACACAGUGGAACUAAAUCCCCACUUAGAAGCCCUGUAUUGGAUUCGCGUUCAAAUCGUUCAUCAUGGCCAAACCAAUAUUAUGGAGAUAUUGAUGAUCAAGAUACUGGUAAUUUUGGAUGUCAACACAGAAGUUAUUACAGCUAUCCUCGUCAUAAAAUGUCAAGUACUCCCAAGAGUACAGAACCCAUACAGUUUCAGGAUGGCAGUAUUGACUGUGCUGGGAGAGGUGAGGGGCUUUCACUAAAUGCCUUCUCUGAGCCGCAACAAUUGAAGGAUGAUGGACCCCACAUUAUUCCUACUGAAUGUCCAAGCUCCACUAUUUAUUUCUUAGAUGACAAUGGAGAAAAUUCUUCAGCAGAUUACAAAGAACAAAAGCAACCAUGCAUCUCUUCAUCACCUUGUGCACUAAAAUUUAGUGAUGAGGAAUUUGUUGAUCUGGAAGUUUUGUUUCUGCCGUCACCUAUAGAUGGGGCUGAGGAUGAACCUCGAGUUUGUUCAACAGAUCUACCUGAUAAUUUUUCUAACAAAAAUACCCAGGACAUAUUUUCUACUGCUCCUUUAUUUUCUUCUCCACCGCACUUGCAAUUAGUAACACGUUCAUGUGGUGAUGGGUCACCUUGGCAGCCACCAACUGAUCUUUAUGGACUUUCUAUAGAAGAGGUGUCAAAAUGUCUACAGUUCAUUGGUCUACCUGAGGAGGUUGUGUCACUAUUUAUGGUGGAAAAAAUAGAUGGAAAUUUACUUGUACAGCUUACCGAAGAGAUCCUAUCUGAAGAUUUUAAGUUAAGCAAACUUCAAAUUAAGAAACUUUUGCAGUUCAUCAGUGGCUGGAGGCCGAAGAUAUAGUGCAAUGACUCAAAUAACAUGGGUGCAAAGUGUCUGACCUCAGCAACUAUUAUUUUGCACUAAGUAACCACCAUUAUGUACUGUAUGAAAUCAGAGUGAAUGGUAUGCUUACUAACUUUUGUAACCUGAUAGAAAUGGCACCCUACAAAGAUUAUCUUGAUGAACAUAUUAUUUGUACAAUACUUAGCUAUACAAACUGCUUGUUUUUUUUAGAACAAAACUGAGUUGUUCUUCAUAAUGCUGUAAUUGUAGCAAAGAUGCAGUGAUUUGCAGAACAAAACAAUUCUGUGCAUUAUUGAUCAAAAGGUCCACUCAAUUUGCCUCAGAUUGUUGCCAUACAGAUUUGUAGUUUGACUCUACUGUUCUGGGCCAAUGCUGCUGCUUAUUCACUCUGUUCACAUUAUAUUCUCUUGGUGAUUAAUAUAUAAAGUGAUGGUGACAAUAGUUUUUACUACUGCACAGAGGUUUCUUUGGGAGAUGUACACAUUCAGAUUAUUGAAAUAUCUCAGCUUUUGUGUGUUGAUAAUUGAAUGAGUAAACUGAACAAAUUGACAUUACAUUAGGUAGAACCAGUUAAUAUAAUAAACCCAUUUUGAUCAUCGUUAAUGUUCUAAACUUAUGAGAUUUGUUGCUUCCAUUCAAAUUUCUCCAUUCUUUGCUCCAGUUUUUUCCUAUUUUAUAUCUAAUUUGUGUAGAUGAACAGACUUGUUUAAAAAAACAACUUAGACAAAAGUGUAGCUUGAACAUUAACUUUAUCCGAUUUUAUUAUUUCCUGAUUAGAUUUGCAGUUUUAAACUGUAUCAUUGAAGUGGGUUGUGCACAAAAUUGAUGGGUUUUUGCUUUACAAAGUGUUGGUCAAGACUCAGUAGUCAUGCUAAUUUUAAUGAAGAAAUUCCAGCUGCUGCUCUCCCCACUAUCCUACUUGAUUGCUCUUCCAGGCUAUUUUAAAAAUAACACAAUAUAGAAGUGCCUUUCAGUACCUCAGGGCAUGGCAGAACACUUUAGUCAGUUAACCAGCAUUGAAAUACAUUGUAAUGGAAGAAAUGUAACAAUUAUCUAUACAAGCAGGAUUCUAGAAACUGGAGUGAAAUGUCUUCAUGAUGUUGGCUGAUGGCUAACUAUUUGCAAUGACACAAUUGAAACUCAUCUAUACUCGGUGCCAGCGGAUCCAUUAUAUCUAGCUAGGGUGACAAAGGGGCCAUCUCAUCUCAUCAAAAAAAAAAAUGGCACCUCCGAACACACUACACCUUUUUUAGUGUUGUGGUAUUUGUGUCCAAGUCUCUGGAUCAAGAUUAGAAUCCAUGAUCCGAUUUAAAAAAAUGAAAGUGGUACUAGACUUUGGACGACGUGGGUACUGAAAGAACUGAAUUGUAUCCAUUUGUAACCAAUGGCUGACAAUGUGUGACAAGGCUCCCUUAGUGGUUCUCUAAGCUAGAUCUUUCAUUUAGGUCUUACAUUCUUCUGUAAACUUAACAGUAACUUUCCUUUAAAUUAAUUUGUAUAUUUCUGAGAGAUGGAAUAAGGCACUAUAUAAAUUAAGGUAGCUAUAACUGAGUGAAAGGUUUAGAGAGAUCCAUCUAAUGGUAAAUCUCACAUCUGUCACUCAUUUUCAGUCAAUUGCUUCAGUUUGUAUAUCAUGACACUGGUUUUAGGUAUUCUGAUAAAAUACAUUAAAAAAAACAAUCUGGCUAAAGUUUAUAACUUUGCAAAACAUUUAACCCGGAAUGGAUUGAAUUUGAAUUUUCACUUUUAAAUCUGAACUGGAAUAUAAUGUCACUGAACAGCACUAUAUGGGGUGGGACAGACAGACACCACCAUCUUUUGAAAGACAUUGAGGUCAGUAAAUAUACUUGAUCAGUGAUGCAAUUGUCCCUCCGGCAAGAAAAAAAAACUGAGCAGAAUCAAUAAACCUUUGAAAAUUAAUCAAUGAAGUGAGUUCGCCAACAAUAAUUAGCUUAAAUCCUAGCAAUAGUGAUGAAAAUAUUGAUUCUAGAAGUAAUUAAAAAUGUAAAUUGUUGUAAACACUUCAUUAUAAAUUAUAAGCAGAUUAACUUAAUAAAUAACAAGUUCCAAGAGGAUAGCAUGUGAUUUUCCUUUAUUUUGGGAAUUGCCAUUUCAUCACUGAUUUAAUUUUAGUGUUACUCGAUCCGAUCGAUAAACAAACUUCAUAUCUCAAAUGAUUGCAAUUAAUGUAUCUUAAUAAUGUGUUAGAAAGGUUACUAUAGGAAUUUAUGUCAGAAAUAUGCCAAAAUGAACUUGUAGCUGGAUUGGAUGAUAUUUUAUUUACUUUUUUCUUUACCACUCGCUUAAGAUGUGAGAGGAAAUCCAUGUAGUUACAGGGCAAAUGUGCAAAUUUGACACAGACAAAAUGAAACCUGAUCUCUGGCACUGAGUCAGCAGCUCUGUUAGCUGCAUUUCUGUGCCGAAUUGUUUGCUUAUAUGUAUUAAAAUCUAUAAAUUCUACUUGGCUUUGUCAACAGCAAUUUUUCCCAUUGAUUUUAAUGGGUUUGUUGUACAGACACCAUUUAAUCUGAAGGACAAGUAUCCCAAAAUGUACAUACCCAAUAUUGGGUUCCAUAAGGCAGCACAGACACUCUGCAAUCAUGCUCUGCUGAGCAGAAGGCUGGACUUUAGAACUAAUCAGUUGUAGGUGUUUCCAUUAGCAGAUCUGGCGUAACUCUGUGUGGAAAGUCAGUGAUGUUAUAUUAAAUCUCUUAAGCCUGCCUUCUUCUGCCAUUCCAUCCAUUCUGAGGAGAAAAGGCCAGUUGCUGCAUACUCCACAGGAUUAAUCAAUAUAGAACAUGAAAUCAUGCCACAAUCUGGCAGAUUGUCCAAUAUUUCCCUAUGGCUUGAGUUUGUAGCCUUUGAUAUUAUUUGAGCAAUAUAAUCCAUCCUGACUUCCCAAAACGUAUAAUGCUUUUGGAAUUAACUAUCUUAAACCCUGGAGUCCUGUUAAUCUGAAACAUUCACAUUUGCUUUUCCCUUACAGAUGCUGCUUAACCUGCUGAGUUCUUCCAGUAUAUUGUUUAUUUCUCCCAUAUGUUGAGUGUUUGACUCAUGAAACUUUGCCUUAGCUGCUGUAGUUCAUAUAUUUCGGCUUUGCUGUAGUUUUAUCUGGUAUCUGCUUAAACAAAUUUGCAUCAAACUUUAAAGCAUUCUGGGGGAUUCAGGAAGAUUAGUGGAGUUGGAGCUAGCAGGAGGAAAAAGAAAAGUUUGGGAAAUUCCAGUGGAAUUAUCUCUGCUCCAGACUGCCUGCCCUUUGAAGGAUAUUUUUAACUGAAAGCUCUUCAAUAAUGCCUUAGUUUCCGUUAACAUCGUACAAUGUAGGGAAGUUUUUGAAUUUAUGUCAAACAGGAAUGAACUUGUUAAAUAUCCAGGCAUAGAACAGAUGUAAUAGUUGAAAUAAGACCAGAAAAUGUGCAGCAGAUCAAACAGAAUUUGACCAGAAUGACUAACGCUUCUGGUCAUUGACCUGUCUGAAGUAGAACAGAGUUAAAAAUGGGCCAUAUUGCUUUGACAGAGAGCUGGUAUGGACAAGAUGAGCAAAAAGACCACCUUCUGUGCUGCAAUGAUUCUGUGAUUUACUCUUGCAGUAAAAAGAAUGUCUACAAAAUAGUGAAGCUGAGAGCUGGAAAGGAAGACUAUGACAAAUCUGUUGGUGGUGCCAGCUGGGAGAGGAUGAAUAAGGCUUGGUACUCAGAAUAGAUCCAUCUGGUCAUGAUGUAUAUAGUGGGAUAUAAAUGAAAACACAUUUAUAUCUUUUUGGACAGCUUUAGGUUGAAACUAUAUUUUGAGAAUUUUUAGGGAAAUUUAAAGUGUGUGCAAAUAACACAAGACAUAUUAAAGAGAAUCCCACUAUUUUAAAAUGAAUGAAAUGUUUUUACUUGCAGCUCACCAGCACUCCCUACUGACUGAUGACCAAAACUUUACCACAGUUACAUAAGUGAAAGAUGUCAGAGACGGUAUUGGAAGCAUUUGUUUUGGAUGUGGUUCUGAAGUUAACUGCCAAAAAAUUUAGCUUGGUCAAAGUCAUGUAACAUAGUACUGAAGUAUGAUUUCAGCAAACAUUUCAAUGCACUCUUUCACAUUUCUGAGUUGAGCUUUCAGACUGCUUUUCCAUUUAUUUGCAGAAAGUUAAUGCGCUCUGUUACUUAUGAAAGGAGAGCAGCAAUUCCAGCUGAUGGAUAUCUGACACUUUUUAGAUGCUGAAAUGAAUACAUACUGUGCGACAGUUUUCUAGUAUUUUUUUAAAUGUGCAUUGACAAUGACUUUCUCCAUCAAUGAGCCUUUGCUUCCCAAGCAGGAGAAAUGAUUUAAUGUACCUAAUCUGGUAGUGUACUAUUAAAUGAAGUUGAAGUGUACUCAAUAGGAAGAAAGCACUUCUAUAUUUCAUCUUUGAAUAAGAAAUGAAUUAGCAUAAUUUAAAAUGAAUAGACUGGUUUAUUGUCCUUGGUUUGUAGCAGAGGAGGCUGAUGUGUACAUAAAUAGAUUUAAGUAACUUUUUCCCCAUGGCAGAGAUCUCCAAGAGGUCAUAGACUUAAAGUGAACAGCAAGAUGGCUAGAGGAUGAUCUGAGGAAGAAGAAUUCUUCACUCUGAGAGUGGUAGAAUCUGGAAUGCACUUCCUGGGAAGGUGGAGGCAGAUACUCUCACAUGUAAGAAAGAUCUGGAUGGGCACGUAAAUUGAAAAGUCAUAGCAGGCUACAAAGAAGGUAUUGGUAAGUAAAACCAUAGGACAUAGGAGUAGAAUUAGGCCAUUUGCCCCAUUGAGUCUGCUCUGCCAUUUAAUCAUGGCUGAUCCUCUCCCCUCUUCCCACCUGCCCCACUCCCUGGUCUUCUCCCUGUAACAUUUGAAGCUGUGUCCAAUCAAGAACCUGUCAAACUGCCUUGAAUACACUUAACAACCUGGUGUAAUAUAUUCCAUAAAUUCACCACCCUCUGGCUAAAGAAAUUUCUCCACAUCUCUGUUUUAAGUGGAUGCCCCUCUAUGCUGAGGCUGUGCCCUCUUGUCAUAGACUCCCCCACCACAUCCUUUCCACGUCUGCUCUGUCUAGGCCUUUCAACAUUCAAAAGGUUUCAAUGAGAUUCCCCCCAUCCUGAAUUCCAGCAAGUACAGACACAGAGCUAUCAAAAGUUCCUUUCAUUCCUGGAAUCAUCCUUGUGAAUCUCCUCUGAACUCUCUCUGAUGCCAGCCCAUCUCUUUUAAGGUGAGAAGCCCAAAAACAGUUCAUAAUAAUCAAGGUGAGGCCUCUCCAAUGCCUUAUAAAGCCUCAGCAUUACAUCCUUGCUCUUGUACUCUAGACCUCUUGAAAUGAAUGCUAACAUUGCAUUUACCAUAUUAGAAUUAAUAAAGAAUGGGGUGGUUGACAUGGACAUGGUGCUGUUCCUGUGUUGUAUGACCUUAUGACACUAUGAGUAUAUUUGACCACAGAAUUGGUAGCAUGCAGCCUUAAAUUAAUGUCACUCUUUUUAAAGUUUGGAAUGUACAAGGCAUCAAUAAAGUGGAUAUAACAUGAUAAACCUGUUACAUCUGUAAAAUUACCAGCUUUGAUGAAAGGCUAUAAACCUAAAGGAUUAUAAACCUGUUUCUCCCAUGGCAAAGAUGCUGCCUAACAUGCUGAGUAUCUCAAAAUUUAUGUUUUUUGUUUCAUUCAUAAGAAAUAAUAAAUCUAACUUA